AUGGCACUCUGGGCCACACGAGGGAUUGGUGUCAUGUUCGGCGGCGUGUACGACGACGACAAGGAUGAAGAGACGCUUGAAAGUGUGUUUUACAACGACUUGUACGGGUAUCAGACAACCGGUAAUGGACGCUGGAUCUCGCUUGCCUUGAAGCGGCCCAAGAAAAAGGCUGGGGGGAAGAAAGCCAAGAAGGCCGUCGAGACGGAGAAGAAGGUCGAGGAAGAAGCUGCGGACGAAUGGGACAUGGUUGAUGACAUGGACGAUGCGGAUGAUCUUCCGCCUACUCCGACGUCUCCAGAACCAAAGAAACCGGCGGGGAAACCACCAUCGCAAAAACCUCCACCUGCCACGACCGCCUCUCUCGACCCAGACGUGGAUCCUGACGAUCCAAAUUUGACACUUCCACUCGUUCGGUAUAAUGCAAUGUUGGCCGUUCUCAGAAACACACUCUACAUCUAUGGCGGUAUCUACGAGCGCGGUGCGCGCGAGUAUACUCUCGAUGAUUUUUACUCUCUGCAAUUAGACAAGCUCGACAAGUUUGUCUGCCUGAAGGAAAGUGCCGUCGUACCGAAAGAAGGCCAGGAAGACGAGAGCGAAGAGGAUGACGACGAUGAUGAGGACGGCGAUGAUAGUAGCAGCGACGAUUAUGAUCGAGAAGAGGAUCUCGAAGAGGAGGCGCAGCCAAAAGAAGAGGAGAUUGAAGAAGUACCGGAUGAGGAUAAAAAGACGCUAGAAAUACGAAGAAAGGCGCAAGAGUUCCUUCAACAAGCCAAUGUCUUGCCCAAAGCAACAUCCUCCAAGAGCGGUCAAGACGACAAACCAGCCAUAUCCGAUGAACAUAUCAACCCAUUACCAGGCGAAACGCUCGCGACAUUCUACGCGCGCACGAAAGAGCACUGGGCAUCCAAAGCCCGAGAGAGUGGACUAUCGGAUAAUCGUGGCAAGGCACUUCGAAGGGAUGGGUUCGCGUUGGCGGAAGAGAGGUGGGAUGAGUACAAGCCUAUUUUAGAUGAGGUGGAACGGUUGAGAAAGGAGGCUGGUGUCGAUGAAGAUUCGUCGCGCGCUGGACCUGCGUUGAAAGGAAGUGGACCGGGAGGAGCGAGCGAGUCGAGGAAUCGUCGAUAA